AAGGACAAGCGACGACACUGCUUUGCCACGUGGAAGAACAUCUCUGGCUCCAUUGAGAUUGUCAAGCAAGGCUGCUGGCUGGAUGACAUCAACUGCUAUGACAGGAAUGACUGCAUAGAGAAGAAAGACAGCCCUGAAGUGUUUUUCUGUUGCUGUGAAGGCAACAUGUGCAACGAGAGAUUCUUCUACUUCCCAGAGAUGGAGGUCACACAGCCCACUUCCAACCCUGUGCCCCCGAAGCCACCUCUGUUCAACACCCUGCUGUAUUCCUUGGUGCCUAUAAUGGGAAUUGCAGUGAUCGUGCUCUUCUCCUUCUGGAUGUACAGACACCACAAGUUGGCAUAUCCCCCGGUGCUCGUUCCCACCCAGCAUGCCUUUCACAUAAUGAUUGAGGAUCCUGGACCACCACCACCAUCACCACUGAUGGGUCUGAAGCCACUGCAGCUCCUGGAGAUCAAAGCCAGAGGGAGAUUUGGGUGUGUGUGGAAAGCUCAACUCCUCAACGAGUAUGUGGCAGUGAAAAUAUUCCCCAUUCAGGACAAGCAGUCGUGGCAGAACGAGUAUGAGAUCUACAGCUUACCUGGGAUGAAGCAUGACAACAUCCUGCAGUUCAUCGGGGCCGAGAAGAGAGGCACCAGCAUCGACGUGGACCUCUGGCUCAUCACAGCCUUCCACGAGAAGGGCUCCCUGACAGACUUCCUGAAGGCCAACGUGGUGUCGUGGAAUGAGCUGUGCCACAUCGCCCAGACUAUGGCCAGGGGCUUGGCCUACCUGCACGAGGACAUCCCUGGCCUCAAGGAUGGGCACAAACCUGCCAUCUCACACAG